AUGGUCGCUGCCGCCUGCGAGAGUCACCUGUUCGUCCGCUGCAAGGCAGUUGGCCUGGUGACCAGCGCAGUCCCGUUUGCGUUAAGUUUCCUGAAAACCUCCAGGGCAGUGAUGGUUUACUGCGCGGUCGAAAACAUCGUGUAUAAGUACACGUGUUCGAACAUGGCGCUGAUUGCCGUCAGCGACCCGUUUUCUCAGGACAUCCGUCGACUCGCUGUCGAUGACCGCUUCGUGUACGUCGCCUACGGCCACAACGUUGCUGUACAGCGCCUGAACGGGCCUUCGAAGUGUGUCUUUUCCAGUCAUGCAGCUGAUGUCAACUUUCUACUACCGUUCGGCAGUCAUCUGCUUUCCGUUGACUCCGAGAGCCAUGCUAAGGUGUGGGAUGUCGAAGCAGAAGAAGAAUACACUGAGAUCAUCUUCGACCGUACGUCGUUCGAUGUUACCGCCGUAUGUCAUCCGCUGACUUACAUCAACAAGGUGCUGUUUGGAUCGAGCCAAGGGUCGCUAAGGUUGAUUAAUCUUAAGUCCAAUAAAUUGGUGUACGAAUUUGCCGGCUGGUCAAAUGCCAUCACCGUUUUGGAGCAAUCACCGGCUUUGGACGUAAUGGCCAUUGGCUUGGCGGACGGCCGCAUUUUUCUGCAUAACCUAAAAUUCGACGAGUCGUUGUUCUCGUUUAAUCAAGACUGUGGUCCGGUGACGGCGAUCGCAUUUCGGACCGACGAUUCGUCGUCGAUGGUUACUGGCACGACUAUUGGCCGGCUUACGGUAUGGGACCUGGAAAAGCGUUCCUUGGAUUCUAUGCUCGAUAUGGCUCACGACGGCGCUGUUCUUGGUCUAACUGCCCUGCCGCGCGAACCCAUCGUCCUGUCAUCUGGCCAGGACAACGCAUUAAAGAUGUGGGCAUUUGAUUCGUCGGCGGGCGCUCCUCGGUUGUUGAUGUGCAGACAGGGUCACAGUCGACCGCCGAAUUUCAUCCGCUUCCACGCCGCCUCAGACUUCGUCCUGUCCGGCGGCGACGACUCGUCACUAAAGCUGUUCGACGUGGCUGAAGAGAAGCACAGCAAGAACUUAGGCGUAGCAAGUUUCUUGCGUCGUAGCGUAGCCAAGAAACAUAAGUUAGACUUGGACAAAAACACGUUACCCGGCAUCAUCUGUUUGGACUCGAACUCGACCCGCGAGAGCAGCUGGGACAACGUCGUUUGUUGCCACCGCAACAGUGCUAUCGUCACGUCAUGGACGACCAGGAGGUGUCGUCUCGGUUCACACAGAUUCCGCCACCCUCGCUUCAAGACCGACAUCGAUCUGCGCUCGGCGUGUGCCCUUUGCUGCCGGGUGUCGCCCUGUGGAAACUUCGUUUUCAUCGGCUACAGUACCGGCCACGUGGAUAUCUUCAACAUA